GAUAAUUAGGGAAAGAUGGGAAGGCUCGUGGAUGGAAAGGACCGUCUGGUGUCAAAUUACACAAAAGCUAGAUGAUGCAAAAUCAUGCAGAUAUCUUAAGGAUGCCGUGAAAGCCCUCCGCACGACUCACCUGAGCUGUAAGACGUGUUCCCGACCUUCCUGCUCAACUGGGCUCCUCACGGCUAAAAUUCCUCCGGAAAAAACUCGGUCACGCGGUGCAUUGUGGGGAGGGAAUGUCGUAGUGUAGGUAACGUCACUGUAAACAACAUGGCGGACACAGGCGACAAGGAAGGGGCUAGCGCAGACACCUUGUUAGCAGACAUUCAGAAGAAAAUUACAGAAGCUUUUGACAUCUUCGACCACGAGUCCAACAAGACAGUGGAUGUCAGAGAAAUCGGCACCAUCAUCAGAUCGCUGGGAUGUUGUCCUACAGAGGGGGAGCUGCACGACAUGCUAGCAGAGAUAGAGGAGGAGGAGCCGACCGGUUACAUCCGGUUUGACAAGUUCCUGCAGAUGAUGACCCACGUGAUGCUGGAGAGGCGGUACAAGCCGGUUCCCGAGGAGAUGCUGCUGAAGGCCUUCGCUGUGCUGGACCAGGAGAAGAAGGGCUUCCUCUCACAGGAAGAGCUGCAAAAGUACAUGAGUGAGGAGGGUGAACCGUUCACCCAGGAGGAGAUGGAGGAGAUGCUGUCAGCAGCCGUGGAUCCUGACAAGGGAGUCAUCUAUUACAAGGACUUUGCCUCCAUGAUGGCCGUGGAGAAUCCCUGAUGGGGGGACAGAAAUACAACAACAGGGACUGCAGGACUGUUCACUGGAGUAAGCCGGUUCACAAAGUAAACUGUGCAUGGGCAGUGUGAUGUAUUGUGGGUAACAUGUCAAAGUUGAAGACCCCAGAGACAUAAACAGAACACUUCUGGACAUGGUAUCAAGCAGGGUCCAAGUUGACAAGUUAGAGGCUUUCAACUUUGACCCUGUGCCUGCCCAGUUCAAACCUGGAACUGACUUAUUUGGGAACUUGUAUCUUACAUUUCUUAAGAAUUAUUGCAGAGCAGUAAAACCAGAAGUUACAUAGAUAAUUGAACAAAGACAAAUGAACUGACAAAGGAUGAUGCAUCAUUUUUUAAAUUUCCCCUACUGAAGUUUGUACAUAGUAUAAUAUGUGGGAGGCAUUUUGGUUGCCAAGCUUCAAACUUGUAAUAAAGACUUGGUGUUUUUUUAUA